AUGCGAGAUGUACAACUGGAAAAGAGUUGGAUAUUUUUGGUGUUGUUGAUUCUCGUUGGACUUUCAAGUGGAGAUGAUGUCAAGGAUUCGAAAGAGGAAUCGGAUAAUAAGUUGAGGGUUGAUGGAUCACAAUUUGUUGUCAGAGCUCGCUCGAAAUUUGUGGUCUCUUGUGUAUUCGCUGCAGAAGAAAUCUCAGACUUGGCUGAUAUUCAAUGGAAAACCGGCAAAGGGAAAUCAAUCGACGGAGAAACAAGCAGCAGUAUCUUCACAAUUGCUCUCGUCGAGCAUCGAACUGGACACAAAAAGCGAAAUCUACAUUUCUCAAUGAUCGAACAAAAAGAUGAGGGUGAUUAUGUUUGCGAGGCGAAAGAUUUAGAUGGAAAAAUUCAUCAAAGAAAGAUCAACAUCAAAGUGUUAGCUCCGGUUGAUUGGACGGAUACGUCAAAGGUUGUUGGUGGAUUGGUGGGAGAGCCGUUGACUAUCGACUGCUCAGCUAGAGGUUCCCCACCUCCAUCUAUUCAAAUCACUGAUGAAAAUGGAGAACCACUGAAUGAAGAACUCUUUACAAUUGCUGGAAACGACGUGACUGUGCGAUCGUUGAGUAAAGAUUUUGAUGGAAAAGUUGUCAGCUGUGUGGCUUUACAGAUCUUGAACGAUUUGGACACAACAAGCACAGAAUUGCGAGAUGUUACCAUCGAUGUUUGGCAUGUACCUGAAUUUCCGGCGGAGAAAAUCGAUCGAUACGCCAUUACGGGACGACAAGCAAUCCUCCCAUGCAAUGUAACUUCAUCAAAUCCUCCACCGGCUCAUUUCUUCUUUUUUAAAGAUGGAAAAGAGUUAAAAGAUUCUGAUGAGAAAUAUGAUCUUGUUGUUGAUGUCAAGGAGCAUUCAGCUGCAUUGAUUAUCAAAUCGGUGACUAUCGAUGACUUGGGAGAGUAUCGAUGUGAUGUAAACAAUCGAAAAGCCACCGGCAGUCUUGAAAUCAAUUUGAAGGAAGCAAGUCCACCAGAUGUUGUAAAAGCGACUGUUGAGAAAACAAGUCGACACUCAAUUUUAUGGAAAAUCGAUUGUGAUGAAGACGAGGGAGAGCUAGCUGUUCAACGAAUUGAUAUCGAUUUUGUUAGGAGAUCACUUUUAAAGAAAGGUGAUCCAGAUAAUGAGUCUGAUGAAUACGAUGAUCGAGGAGAUGAACACAUCUGGAAAACCCAAGCAUUGAAUAUUAGAAAGAAUAAAAGUGAUAACGAUUUGUAUGAGAUUUCGGGACUCCGAUCUGACACUGAUUAUAGCUUUCGAUUUCGAGCAGUCAGCGAAGCGGGAGAGGGAGAUCUUGUUGAAGUCGAGGCUCGAACGGAGGGAGAUGAGAUGUUAGCCGCUGCUUCUUCAUCCCUUUCCAUCUUUCUCAUUCCAAUCUUUCUCAUUUUUCAAUUCUUA